GCUAGAGUUAUGUAGACCACAUACGCUGUUCCGACAUGACCUCUAUCGAAAAUAUUCCGAUUGAUCAAUCCACUUGUUCUCCGUAUGAAGGAUUUGUGGAAUUGGAGGAACUAGUCAGUUGUGAUGAUGAACUGAUUUGGAAAGAAAGUGCGCGGUGGAUAAAGCUCGAAGAAGACGUCGAUGAAUGUGCCGAUCGAUGGGGGAAACCUCAUGUGCCGUGUUUGACAUAUCGGAGCCUUAGAGAGGUUGAAACGAAUCUUCAAAAUGGAGUGUGUUUGUUGGAUCUCAAUAGAGAUACUCUGCCUUCCAUUUGGGAUGCAAUUAUUGAUGAAAUCAAAACGCUGAAAAAGCUGGAAGAUAGUGAAUGCCUCGUAGUGAAAACUCUUCUAAUGACAAGACAUGAACAUCAUCAUCAGCAUAAAAGUGGAAAACGAGUUCAAAACUUCGCCAGGCGCCGGUCACGGAUCAUGCCUAAUGGACAGCGCUCCAGGACGAAUGUUUCGGAAGAUGUCCACAAUUUAAGAGAAAGACCGCAGCUUAGUCUCGAACAAAACAUGUUACCCUCCAUUGACAGCAAACAAGAUGUCAGCGAGUUUCCAGCAAACGUAGCAGUGAGUUUCAGCCCUGAUCCCGUUGAAGGGUUCGUCGAACAGUUUGACGAUCACAACAAAAAAUCAGAUCUGAGAGGGAGACUUCCGGAAAAUUCUCAAGCAACCACUGUUUUGGUUGGGGCUCAUAAUGGCUUGUCUUGCACCGUCAGUGCUUUUAUAAGACUCGCCAAAGGAUGCGAACUGAGUAACUUAGCUGAAGUACAGAUUCCUAUCAGGUUUAUUUUUAUCCUGGUGGGACCUAACGAUGACAGGAUAGACUAUCAUGAAGUCGGGCGAUCUUUUGCAACUCUUAUGGCAGAUAAACUCUUCCUGGAAUCUGCUUAUCUGGCCAAGCGUCAGCAGGAUCUUCUGGAUUCUCUAUUCAGCUUUAUGGGAGACAGCCUCAUAAUUCCUCCAGGAGACUGGGAUCGAAAUCUACUAAGUCAAACAAUACCCAUCUUAGCCAGUCAAACCAAGGAAUUAGCCUUAAGGAGACGAAGCGGAGGAAUACAAAGCAAGGACAAACCAAAUGAAAGAUUUCGCGAGGGUUUUCAAGAAAAUGAAGUGUGUGAUGACCCUUUGUCUAGAACGGGAAAAUUUUGUGGUGGACUUAUACGAGACGUUAAAAGGCGAUUUCCUUUCUACUUGAGUGAUUUCAAAGACGCUUUGGACGUUCAUUGUCUACCAACAAUCAUCUUUGUGUAUUUCGCUUGCCUCGCUCCUACAAUCGCCUUCGGCGGUUUGCUGAGCGAGAAAACCAACGCAUGGAUGGGAGUUUCAGAGAUGAUAUUUGCAACAGCAUUAUCAGGAGUUCUAUUUGGCCUCUUUGCAGGACAGCCAUUGAUCAUAAUAGGAGCUACGGGUCCAUUACUCAUUUUCGAGAAGAGUAUAUUUCAAUUGAGCGAGCGAUUUGAGAUUGAGUUUCUCCCUUGGCGAGCUUGGGUUGGAAUAUGGGUGAUGGUGAUAUGUUUUAUCAUUGUCGCCGUUGAGGGAUGUUUUCUCAUCAAAUAUUUUACACGUUUUACAGAAGAAAUAUUUGCCUUAGUGAUAUCUAUCAUUUUUAUUUACUACGCAUUUAAUUAUGUGAGACAUAUCUUUGAUCUGUAUCCUUUGAACGCAGACGUCGCUACUACUCUGUUGGUUCCAAAAAAUUCGACCAAUCCUACGAAAGGAAAAUCUGUAGGGAAUCAGUCAACGGCGAACACAGCUCUGCUCACCACAGUUUUGAUGCUGGGAACCUUCUUUGUCGCUUACACCUUGAGAAAGUUACAUCACAGUCAUUUCUUUGGACCCAAAGCUCGUCGCAUAGUCAGUGAUUUUGGGGUUUUCAUCGCUAUUGUUUCCAUGGUGACAGUUGGUUGGUUGACAGAAGGUGUGUACACUCAAAAGUUAUCAGUCCCGGAUGGUUUUUCUGUUUCCUCACCCAACAGAAAUAGCUGGCUUAUUAACCCCAUGGGAGAACAACAGCACAUGAGUGCUGUCGCCAUUUCUGGAGCUUUCAUUCCCGCAGUUCUUGUCAGCAUCUUGAUUUUCAUGGAAAUUGAAUUCACCGGGAUUAUUCUGGACAAAAAAGAACACAAAUUGAAGAAAGGCGUGGGUUACAACCUAGAUCUCUUUGUUCUGGGACUACUAGUUGGCCUGUGCUCAGUUCUGGGCCUUCCGUGGAUGUGUGCCACCCCUGUUCAUACAUUGUCUCACUUUCACGCCCUGACAGUGCUUAGUACUAACCAUGCACCGGGGGAACAUCCUCGUCUGGUACAAGUCAGAGAACAACGCCUCACGAACAUUGUGAUCCACCUUCUUAUUGGCUUCACUGUUCUUCUAUCGCCGGUGAUGCGUCUUAUUCCAAUCGCUGUUCUGUUUGGAGUGUUCCUUUUCCUCGGGGUUUCAUCUUUAUCCCACAUUCAGCUGGUCAAGCGAAUCAAAUUACUUUUUAUACCUGCUUCCCACCAUCCCGUUGAAAAAUUUGUGACGAAUGUGAAAACGAGAAAAAUGCACCUGUUUACGAUUGUGCAAGUGUGUUGUGUAUGCGCGCUUGUAGCCUUGAAACUCACUGUUGUUGCGCCAGCAUUUCCUUUCCUCAUUAUUUGCAUGAUCCCGCUUCGUAAACUUCUAGAGCGGUUUUUCACCAGUUUAGAGCUAGAGGCGUUAGAUACUGAAGUAGAGGAUGUGUAUGACAGUGACUUGGAUGAAUAUGACUCCAUACAUUUUCCUUUCUAAAUUUUUGUUCUGGAGAAAUGUAGAAAUCUAUUCAGCAGUUAGAUGUUUUUUCACCACCUGGUAAGCGUUCACAGAGUUUAUACUAAUGUGAUGCCUGCUACGGCUGGAAAGUGAUCAGUGAACAUUGUGAAAAAGAACUUCCGACAUCGUUUAUUAUUUUGGGGUGUAGUUCAAACUCUCUAUUGUUUAAAUCCGUUCUCCCGGAUACUCUGUUGACAUUUUCGUUUAAGCGAAAACCAAGCAUCGUGUAAUAAAACUGCACCAUUUUUUGUUUUA